GGUGGCAAGGCGUCAGCAUCGAGAGCUACCUGGGAGAAGGUCAUCGCCAACAUCAUUGCACAAGACGAAGUGAAGUACAUCUGGACGGGAGGAUACCGCAACGGGUACCAGUGGUAUUGGCCUUCUGGUCUCCCCUUCUACGGCAUCAACUGGUCACACACAGGAGCCAACGGCUACCCUCAACCUGACAACCGCGAGGACGGCCGCGAGUUCUGCCUGGCGGUCCUCAACAACUUUUACAACGACGGGAUCCGCUGGCAUGACGUCGCCUGCCACCACGAGAAGCCCAUCGUGUGCGAGCGGCGCGUCGGGUUCUACGGCUGAGGCAGCUGGCGACGCCUGGCAACUCUGCGAAAAUCAAAGGGACUUAUCUGCAAAUACUGUAUUGAAAACUUUAAAAACCGUUGUUGAAUGU